CGAACUUUGUGUACCUUACUAAUAGACGCAAAACAAGAACCGAAGUUUUGCGUAAGGUCCAAACACACUCCUCUCUCCCUCUUUCAUUUUUCCCUAUAUAUCGUCUUUCUUUUAUUUAUUUCUCAACAAUUCCCCCUAUAUUCUUUCCUUUUAUUGCCUUCUGAUUUCAUUAAUCCAACGAUAGGAUGCCCACAUAACCUACCCCCAGUGAUCUCAACCGUUACAUUAGCUUUGUGUUUCAGCAAGCUUUAUACACACACACAAACACACACCCCUGUCCUCUUGCCAUUUCCUUUGUCCAAUUUGUCGAUAUAUCUUAAGCAUCUUUUUUAUUUUCUCUGAACCGUCCACGGCCCGCGCCACCUUCCCUCCUUGGCAUCCACGUUGUUUUCUCUUGGUGCCUCCGUUGCUACACCGGUCCUUCCUGAUAAUGGAAAUGCUGGUACCACCGUGGCUUGAAUCACUAUUAUCGACUGCAUUCUUCACCAUUUGCCCCAGGCAUAGAGAUGCCCCACGUAGCGAAUGCAACAUGUUCUGCCUUGAUUGCAAUACCGAAGCCUUUUGCUUCUAUUGCCGAUCAACUCGACACAAAGAUCAUUCUGUUAUUCAAAUCAGAAGGUCAUCGUAUCAUGAUGUUGUUAGGGUUGCUGAGAUUCAAAAGGUUUUGGACAUUACUGGAGUUCAAACUUACGUUAUAAACAGUGCUAGAGUUCUUUUCCUUAAUGAAAGACCACAGCCCAAGAGUAGCACUAGUAAAGGAGUCUCUCAUUUAUGCGAAAUUUGUGGGAGAAGUCUUUUGGAUCCCUUUCGUUUCUGUUCUCUAGGAUGUAAGCUUGUAAGAAUAAAGAACAAUGGAGAUGCCACCUUUAACUUGAGCACCAAGGACGAGGAAGGAGGGGAAAUAAGAGAAGGAAUGGGAAGAAGAUUGCCAUCAAAGGAAGAAGAAGAAUUGCGUGAAGGAAGCCAACAAGAUAUGCACACAAGCACGCUAACUCCUCCACAUUCCAAUUCAAGGAGGAGAAAAGGCAUCCCCCAUAGGGCACCUUUUGGGUCCUAAUUAUUGACCAGCCUCCUCAAUAAACUUCUUUUUAAGCUCUUCCAUUCUUCACAAGCCAGCACAUGCGGGAAGAUAAUAUCUGAAAGACAAAAUAGAUUAAUUUAAGGUGUAUCUUAUGGGCUGUGUUUUAAAGUUUUAACACAGAAAUAUAGUUGUAGUUUACAUUUAUUUAUUUAUUUAUUAUUAUUUCUUCUGGGGGGGUCCAAUAAUAAUGGUAGGAUUAAUGCUUGGGGAUAUGCAAUGGUGUAGAUGUUAUGUAUACACGCACGAACGGUUUUUUCACAUAAAGUAACCAAUUAACAACUCAGCCUUUUUAA